AUGGUUCUUCACUCUUGGCUUGUAUUUGGUGGCAUUGAUGGAGUUGCUACUCGGCGAGUUGUGGCUUCUGCAACUGCUGCUUCUACUGCUUAUGCUGAAAGCCAAAUAUUGACUGACAGCUUCGGUGUUGUUGGUUCUCCUAUAUCUGAAUUUGAUCUUAAUCUUCAAAUAUUGAUGGGUCUAGGACCUGACUAUGAGGCAUUUGUCACAUCAGUAAGCACUCGUUCUGAUGAAUUGUCCACCGAGGAACUCAAUGGAAUGUUGUUAAAUCAUGAACACCGGAAGGAGUAUUUUAAACUUGGAUUCGAAUCCGGUCCAUUUAGUGCCAAUACAACCUUUCGUGGGCCCAACAACAAUAAUAACAAUAAGUCCUGUGUCUCCCCAAAUCAGUCCUCUCAAUAUGGACGACCCAACCCUCCACGGGAACAUGGUCAAGAAAAUUAUUCCAAAAAAGGGACCAAUGGUCCUAAUAAUGGCCAACCAUCAGGCCCAUGUCAAAUUUGCAAGCGCAAAAAUCACACUGCAGUAAAUUGCUACUUUCGUUAUGCGAAGAAUGGAGAAGGAUCCAAAUCAUCCUAUACAACAUCCUCCAACUCCUCUACUGAUCAUUCUCUGUGGUAUCCGGACUCCGGAGCUACAAAUCAUCUCAUUGCCAAUUAG